AUGGCGUUUCGGAGAAGGGGAAGCGGCGACUCGAACUUCAGCCAUCAUGACGAUCUCGAUUUGGAGGCCGGCAAUCGCGAGACCCUUCGACGCGACGCCGAACGACAGGCGGCGUUGCAGUUAGAGCGCGCCAAGUACAAACCGGUGGCGUUCGCCGUGUGCACCAACGUCGAGUACGACGGCAGCGUCGACGAUGAUUCGCCGGUGCACGGUUGCGCGGUGUCGUUCAAAGUCAAAGAUUUUCUGCACAUCAAAGAGAAGUACAACAACGAUUGGUGGAUCGGGCGGCUCGUCAAGGAGGGCCACGAUCUCGGCUUCAUACCGUCGCCGGUCAAAUUGGAGUCGCUUCGGCAGCAGACGGCGAAAUCGGGAAAAUUCAAACAAUCGACAUCGGCUACGAAUUUGGGCGCUCUUGACAGCAUGAUGCCGAGAAGCGGCUCGCGCGGUUCGACGCCGCCAACGCCUGAUGACGAUGAGUAUAAUCCGAAGAAGCUCACCAACAUCGUCACGACGCCGCCGACAAAAGAGAAGAAGAAGCUGAUAUUCAAGAAGCAGGAGAAUGUGCCACCUUACGACGUCGUGCCGUCGAUGAGGCCCGUCGUGUUGGUUGGGCCGAGUCUCAAGGGCUAUGAGGUCACCGAUAUGAUGCAGAAGGCGGUGUUCGAUUAUUUGAAGCAUCGCUUCGAGGGUCGCAUCAUCAUCACACGAGUGACGGCCGACAUCUCGUUGGCGAAACGCAGUCUCCUCAACAAUCCGAACAAGCGGGCGAUGAUGGAGCGCGCGAAUUCGCGGACGAGCAAUAGUCUCGCCGAGAUCCAAACCGAAAUUGAGCGGAUUUUCGAGUUGGCGCGAUCGAUGCAACUCGUCGUGCUCGAUUGCGACACCAUCAAUCAUCCGUCGCAGCUCGCCAAAACGAGUUUGGCGCCAAUUCAUGUAUAUAUCAAAAUUAGUAGUCCAAAGGUCCUGCAGCGAUUAAUCAAAUCGCGAGGCAAAUCGCAAAGUCGCAAUAUGAACGUGCAAAUGGUGGCCGCCGAGAAGCUCGCCCAGUGUCCGCCGGAGCUGUUCGACGUGCUUCUCGAUGAGAAUCAACUCGAAGACGCGUGCGAGCACUUGGCGGAUUUCAUGGAAGCCUAUUGGCGAUCGACGCAUCCGCCGGUCAGAUCGCCGCCGAGAAUCAAACGCAAUCCGAUGGAGAAUCGCGGGCCGUCGACGCUGUUCACGCCGGCGCAAAUGAUGCAGGGAAUGGGCGGUGCGGCGGCGACGGCGCAACCGUCGCAGCAGCAAUCGAUCGCCUCGAUGUCGCAAGGCGCGCCGUACUUGGCGCCGCCGAUGCACGGCGGACGAAUGCCGAUGCAGCAGCAGCAGCAGCAACAAUUGCCGGCCGGCUACGGGAUUGUGCAGGCGGCGCCCGGGCCGGCGCCCCCGCAGCAGCAGCAGCGCGCCGCCAACAAUUAUGAUCGACACGGGUUCGAUGAGUACGACGAUAUGGACAUGUCGCACACGUAUGAGCGAGGCACUUAUCGUUAUUAG